AUGGUGACCAGAAUGAGACAGAUAUAGGUGGCGACACUGAUAUUGCUGAAGAACAGAAAGACAGUGCUGCCAUCUUGCGAGGUUCAACUCCAGUAGAAGUACAGAGUUUGGAGCAACCAACUGAAUCGACUCAUACAUGCCCAUAUUGUACUUACACCAGCCCUAACGAGGCUCAUAUUCGCGCUCACGUUAUUACCCAGCAUUCCCAGCAACAAGAGGGUAAAGGUCGCUUGUGUCCUCUCUGUCAGGAGAGCUUCAAGGAAACGUCACGGUUGGAGAAACAUCUUGUUCAGGUACAUAAUGUUACACAUGAGGGUUUGUCUCGCUUACUUGUAAUGGUGGAUCACCAGGGAGACGACAUCAAACCACCCCCAAAGUCAUCUACCACUGUGACAUCAUCAACUACUGUGACAUCAUCAAGACGUGACUCAACACAGGAAAACAUGGAUCGUAGUGGUCAUGGGCCAAAGCACGAAGCAGUUGCAGUGAAAACAGAAUUUGAUAUGAACGCUUUAGGGAAGACGUCACCAACUGAGGCUUCAGUCAUAAAUGAGAAAUACGAUGACGAAUAUCGGUGUCAGACGUGCUCGAAGACAUUCAGCAACAUAGAUGCCCUCUAUACUCACCAGAAUGAACUAGGCCAUCUUGAACUGAAGCAGACGCCUCGUGGACCAGGCUAUCUCUGCUGGAAGAAAGGAUGCAAUCAGUAUUUUAAGACUGCAGAUACUCUACAGGUUCAUUUCCGUGAGAUUCACUCCAAGCGGACAACAGUCGCUGUGUCGGAGCGCCAUGUUUACAAGUUCCGCUGCAACCAAUGCAGUCUCGCAUUUAAGACCCUAGAGAAACUCCAGUUACACUCGCAGUAUCACAUGAUCCGUGACGCCACCAAAUGUAUGAUAUGCUCUAGAAGUUUCCGCUCCAUAGGUGCCCUUCGGAAACACAUUGAGACAACUCACCUUGAGACAAUGACUGAGGGAGAGCUAGAGCAGUACCGACAAAGCGUAGCGGCUACCUCAAGUAUGCUUCUUAACAUGCCACCAAUGGCUGGUAUGACAGGCUUUGAUUCUGAAAGCUUGGAUCUAUCAAAGAAUGAUGACCACCCUUCACCAGCAAGCACUCCUAAAGUUGCUGAAACGCCACGUGAAGGAGCCGGCACCCCAGGUCAGAACGAUGAUGCCUCCAGUGACGGAGGUGUACGUGAUGAAAGCACUGAAUCUUCGGAGGGUGGCUCAUACAAAGAAGAAAACUUCAUGGAAGACUACAUCAACAGUCAAGCCAUGGCAGAAGAUAGCUACAAUGACCCAAAUCGCAAGUAUAAGUGUCACAGGUGCAAAGUUGCAUUCACAAAACAGAACUACCUGACAGCACAUAACAAGACCCUGCUCCACAGAAAGGGUGACAAGCUGACAUACCCUAUGGAGAAGUACCUUGACCCCAACAGACCAUUCAAAUGUGACGUCUGCAGAGAGAGCUUUACACAGAAGAAUAUCCUCCUUGUGCAUUACAACUCAGUGUCACAUUUACAUAAGCUAAAGCAGGUUGCAUUGCAGACAGCAAUGGCUCCGAUGUCUAGCUCUACUCCCAGUUCAACACCCACCCCACCCGUCACCCCUACCCCUGAGAAACCUACCACGUCAACACCUUCCACAACCCCAACCCCAUCAACAUCAGUCAGCGAAGAUAAGAAGCCUUAUAAGUGUAACAUCUGUAAGGUAAGCUACAGCCAGGGUACCACAUUAGAUAUCCACAUGCGCUCUGUGCUGCACCAGACCAGGUCGUCAAAGCUACAAGAACUGGCCCUCACUGGACAGGUAGACCUCUCCCAGCCCCUUGUAGAGCAGCCAGACGGCGCCACCAGCUCACGCAACCAGCCCCUCACUAACCAUAAGAAACUCCUCGCAGAGAUGUUACAGCAAAAACAGCAGGCUGCAGCGGCCGCUUCACUUCUCAUCCCAACUUCGAUGUAUGGUUUCCCUGGGUUAAUGUCUAAUCCAUCGUCUUUUAUGACAUCACCAACGAACUUUGACCCCAAGCUUUUGGGAAUAAGUGGUGAGACAAUAGCGCUGGCACAAGAGAAGGCAGCAUCAGAGAAACAGCCUCCACAACAGGGUUCAAAUAAAGAUAACAUGGUUACAUGUGAUAAAUGUAACUCACAGUUUGUGUCUCAGCAAGUCUUAGAGCAACAUCAGCAGCUGUAUUGCUACUUUACAGCACCCCAGCAACGUAAAAUCAUCCGCAGCAAUGUCCGUUCGUUGAAACAACGUUCUCUCCUCCAGGAUAUCGGGUUUGAAUGUGUAAUGCAGUAUAACGAAUAUGCCAUGCAGUUAGAUGCAGAAUCUAAAUCCGGCAAAGAGAAAUCCUCAGUGAAACCGCUUGAUAUGAACAUCAAAUCUAGAUUCGACAGUCCAUUCAGUGAUGUGAAGAAAAUAGAACCCAAGAAGGAAGCUGAUGAGGAUGGUGAGAAUAAAGAAAAUGUUGAUCUUGUUCCAGAGCUAAACAAAUCAACUUGCCCCACAUGUCAGAAAGACUUCACCAGUGUCUGGGUGCUUAAGUCUCAUCAAGAAGAAGUACAUGGCCAUUUAGUCCCCUGUGCUAUUAUUGAACAACUUGGUGAUGAGUUCAGAGAACAGUAUGAAAUGAAAGAAGCUGAACAACUUGCCGACCAACAGAAACAACUUGAAGCAGAAAUGGAGGCUUUAAACAAAGCAAAGACACAACAACUUACUCUUCAGACAGAGAAGUUGUCAACCUCCACCAGUGAACUCCCAACCCCAACGACACCUUCUCUAGACUUUGCAGCGAUGAAUCAAGCUGCAAUGUUGCAGAUGAUGCAGAUGCCAAUGAUGGGAUUAGGGCAGGGUAACCUAGCAGCCAUGAACAUGCACCCACCAUUAAUCCCGAUGAUGAUGCCCCCUAGCAUGGACUUCCCCCUAGCAAGCCCCCCAGGCAUGAACUUAAUGGAUCCCAGCUCUCUUUCCAAACAACAGCAGAAUCUAGCAGCAGCAGCGGCUCAAGCUCAAGCCAAUUCAAAGCGUGCCCGAACACGCAUCAACGAUGAACAACUGAAAGUCUUGAGAGCUCACUUUGACAUCAACAACUCCCCCACUGAAGAGCAGAUUGCUAUAAUGGCUGAUCAAACCCAGCUACCACAUAAAGUAAUAAAGCAUUGGUUUAGAAAUACAUUGUUCAAAGAACGCCAGAGAAACAAGGAUUCUCCAUAUAACUUCAGCAACCCGCCAUCUACAACUCUUAACCUUGAGGAGUAUGAGAAAACUGGACGAGUCAGCACAACAUCAUCAGAGAACGAGGAAGUCCUAAGAGAUAUCCCGGAAGAGAUUUCAGAACGUGGUGAGCCUCGUGAAUCAAUCACAUAUUCAUCAAGUAGUUUCUUUCCGACCCCUCAUCACAGUCAGCUCUCUCAUCACCAUCGUCCAAAACUAGACACACGCUUACAGGAAGAGAAAGAUGAUCGCGUAUUUGUCAGCACUAGCUCCGCCCCCGUGACUCCAAUCUCCGCCACACCUACCACUCCAGGCGAUAAUGUCUUCAUGGAUCAUUACUUCAAACAGCAUCAACAACAACAACAGGAGGCUGGAAUUCACAAUGAUACUGGCAAUCCACAUGUGAACGCUUUACUGGGCUCUGGUGGGAGAAGGGCAAACCGCACACGCUUCACCGACUACCAAAUCAAGGUCCUCCAAGAAUAUUUUGAGCAGAAUGCUUACCCUAAGGAUGACGACCUUGACCAACUAUCCAAGAUGUUAGGCCUUAGUCCUAGGGUCAUUGUUGUUUGGUUCCAAAAUGCACGUCAAAAAGCGAGGAAAAUAUAUGAAAAUCAACCACCUGUUGAUAUGACAUCACCACCAGUGAGCCAAAGUAAUGAGAAAGACCGAUUUCAAAGAACUCCCGGGUUAAACUAUCAAUGUAAGAAAUGCCUAACAGUAUUCCAGAGAUACUAUGAGCUGAUAAAACAUCAGCGAUCUCAAUGUUUCAAGGAUGAUGCUCAACCUGACUCCAUCAAGAGUGAGCCACUAGAUGAUACAAACUCAUAUGAAGACUCCAAUCACGUUGAGCAGAGUAAAGAUGAUAGCAUGGAGAAAUCACCUGAAGGAGCCAACAAAGCAGAGAAGGAGGGAACUGCUGGAAGCUUUAAAUGUGACAAAUGCAAUCUGAUGUUCAAGAGAUUUGACUUGUGGCAAGAGCACCAGAAUGUCCACAUGUUAAACCCAAAUCUUUUCCCAAAUUUUGCACCAGAUAGCGCAUUUGCUAUGUUGCAAAAUGUGGCCCAACAGCAAGAUGAGAAUUCCCCAUUGAAACGGAGGUUUUCUGAACUUGAUGAAUAUGACGAAGAUGGUCAGCCAAGAGAUAAACGUCUCAGGACAACUAUUCUCCCUGAACAGCUCGAUUAUCUCUACCAGAAGUAUCAACAAGAUUGCAACCCAAGCCGUAAACAAUUAGAGCACAUCUCUGAAACUGUAGGCUUGAAGAAACGAGUCGUUCAGGUUUGGUUCCAGAACACCCGAGCCAGAGAACGUAAGGGACAGUUCCGGGCACACCAGCAAAUCAUACAUAAACGAUGCCCCUUCUGUCGGGCGUUGUUCCGGGCAAAGUCAGCCUUGGAGUCACAUCUUGCAACCAAACAUCCAGAAGAAUUCUCCAAGGGUGAAGUAAGUGUUGAUUCUAUCCCUGACUGCACUGAUGCUCCUCCAGCUGCUGUCUCGCCCCUUCCCACAAGGAGCAACUCACCUGGAGUGAGCCCUGGCGCGGGAAUGGAUGUCUCCAAGAUGAUGGGAUCCUAUCCAGGGAUGCCUUCCUUUAUGAAUAUGCCCUUUAUGCCACCUAUGCCCGGCCCUGGUAGCGACCAAAUGCAGAGCUCAAUGAAGCGCAUCUAUGAGGAAUCUUUGAAGAAAUACAUCGAUGAACUUAGCGGGGCUAGCCAUCAUUCGAAAUUGCCUCAGAUGCAACAUAUGCAGGAACUUGCUUCUGAUUUAUGCACCAAGAAUGCCGACUCACGCAAUCCUAAAGCAUCCAACACAACCCAACCUAAACCAGAAGAGGACUCUGAAGUUCCUUUAGAUCUCAGUAAACCGAUGAAAGUAAAUACGGAACCAAGACGCUCAGAGAAUUUCGAUCAUGAUGAUUCAUCCGAGACUCGAUCGAUGAAUGGAUCAACUGAGAAUGAUCAAAGCGAGGUUGGUAGUGCUCAUUCCCCACGUGAUAUGACACCGGGAAAACGCUACAGGACACAAAUGUCAAACACACAGAUCAAGAUCAUGAAGAAUCUAUUCGUUGAGUACAAGACUCCUACAAUGGCUGAAUGUGAAAUGCUCGGGAAUCAGAUCAAUCUCCAAAAACGUGUCGUACAAGUCUGGUUUCAAAAUGCUAGAGCCAAAGAGAAAAAACACAAAUUGAACAACUAUAAGAAUCUGGGGACUGCCGAGGUUGAGAUGCCACGUAUCCCAGAAGAAUGCAAACUUUGCAAUUUCAAAUACUCGCACAAAUACACAAUUCAGGACCACAUAUUCACAGGGAAACAUCUGGCCAAAGUGAAAGCCUUGGUCGCGGCUGAGGAAGGCAGCGAGGUGAACUUCUUUGAGCCACAAGGAUUAUCACAGAUGAUGCGUCCAGGAGAGAUGAAUUCUGGGAAGAAUUGGGAGUCAGCCAAGCAAGCUCACCCACACCUAGCACAACUACAGGCCAUUGGAAUGCAAGCCAUAGGAUCUCAAAAUGGUAAAGAAGACAAGAAGAUAGAAAAAUCAUCAACGUCAACAUCUCCGGAGAAGAAAUCGAGCGAGAAGCAGCAAGAGCCAACUAUACCUGGACUGCCUGGUAUUAUGAAUCCUCUUGCGGGAAUGUUCCCUGGGGGUAUGGAUAUGAACGCUGCAGCUAUGUUCCCCUACAUGUACCCGGGGCUACAGAUGAUGGGAGGGGGGAUGCCAAAUCUCCCAGGGUUACCAGGAAUGAUGCCGAUGAUGCCAGGUUUGGAGAACCCGUUUGCCAUGUAUGACCCGACUGUAUUUGGGACGCCCCUCACAUUGCUCCAAAUCCCCCAGGAUGCAAUUCGUAGCAUUAUGACCAAAGUCGCAGAUUCAGACGUGUUCAUCGCACAGUACACCCAGGAUUGUAAAAGCAUUGCCGAUCUUCAGGCAAAGAUACCUCGCUCUGAAGCCAAACUUGUGAAAGAGUCAGCAGUUGAUGUUGGUUAUGUAUGCAAGAAAUGUCACAUGGUCUAUCCAGGAAAAGAUGGCUGCUUAAAUCAUCAACGCUCUGUAUGUUUUGUCGGCAAAAAGGAUGAUGAAUUAAACGAAGUGUUGAAGCUUGAACAGUUACAAUAUAAGUGUAUCCCAUGUCGGGAAAAAUUCUCAACAAUCGAGGAAUUCCGCAAUCAUGCUCGAACAGAUUCGCAUAUUCUCAGAUUAAAUAAAUACUCAAAUAUGGCUUCAGAAUUCAAAUCCAGAGGUCAAGGUCAGGAAGAUGAAGCAGACAAUAUUGAAAAUGAGGCUAAACGCCAAAAGGUUGUAUAAAGCAAAUGCUUUUCCCAGUAAGGGAAAUAUGACUGAUAUUAUGUACAGACAGUUUAUAGAUUCUACAAUUAGAACUUAAUGCAUUAAACAUGUAUAGUAUGAAUUAAGCUUAUAGAAGUGUAUGGUCCGAGAAUGAAACGUCCUAGGCUGUUUAAGUCCUGGGAUAUCGUAUGACUGCUGAGAUAUGGUCAAAUACAGAACUUACCCGAUGACACAUUACAAAAAUAGUUCCAAAUAAAAUUCCAAUAAAAAUAUUGGCCUGAUAUUAAUUGGGUUCAUUAUGUAAUGUCAUAGCAAAGAGAUGACCCAUUUAUUAGUCGACGGUUUGUUCUGAUAUUUACCGUAUAAAAUCUAGUGAGCAUUUCAGUGCAGUUAAGCAGAGUCAAAAUAUAAAAGAUAUUAAAGAACUAUAAGUAUUACGCAUAGACAGUAUACCAUAAAUAUAACACACACUGUAUUAAUUAAUAACCAAUAAUGUGAAGGGACCAAAUUGUGCUUAAAGGUCUGAAGCUUGAUGUCAAAAUGGACAUUCUCUUAGAAACAAUCCAAUUUAGCUAUUAUGUGUAAUAUUUCAGAAAGGUAUAUGUUGUAUGUGUGACAGGGAUUGGGUUAAAUGAGGAUAUGACCAAACACGACAGUGUUCUAUGACAGUAUGAUGCCAUAAUACAUCACCAUAGUAACAUGUAUUAAAACAAUGAGGAGCAUCCAAUAUUAGGAUAAUUGACAUGUAUUCUAAAUCAACUUACAUUUGAUCAUAAUUACUAUUAUAUUGAAGAGACUAUUUGUAUACCUAUAUAUUGAUAAGUGUUGAACCUUUUUCAUAGGUUCAUUUUAGCAGAAAUUGUUGUGUUUGAGAUAGCAUUUUAGCUCACUAUAUUAGAACAAAGCAACUUACAUUACUGGAGUAAAACAACUUACUGUGCUAUUGUACAAUGACUACACUAGAGUACAAUAACUUA